AUGUCUUCUGCACAAUCCAACACUCACAACGAGUCAGAACCCCACGAGGGAGCGCAUGCACCCGACGUGGACGCUCUCCUCUCUUUCCUCCGUGCGGAGAUGGAAGAAAGAGAAGAAAAACCCUCCCCUCUCGCGAUGCUGCCUCCAGAAAUCCUCCGCAAGGUGUUCUUGGAGUACAAGUACAGCUGCCCGAUGAUGAAAUUUGACACCUCACUCCUCCGCGUCCAUUCCAUGACGGCGACCAAGACACCGACGGUCACGACGAUGGCGUUCAAGACGCUGCUCCCUUUUGCCCAUCAUGCUGUCCUUGACCAGUCUUCUAUCGACGGCGGCCAGGGCAGCUUUGGCUACCCGGGCCCCUGUAGCCAUGGUUGUGCAGAGUCCGGUUACUGUGAACACGGCGUUUACGACGGCGGUGACUACCAUGAAAACUGGGUCCACAGCCUUCCCCGGUACGCCAGUGAUGAUAACGACGAUGAUGACAGUAGCGUAGAAAGCAACGACUCAGGCGACGGUGGCGGCAGCAGCGACGAAAGCGACGAGAUCUAUCAAAUGCCAGAGCCCAAAAAGACCAACAGCCCGGCCUGGAUGAACCUCACCCAUGUAUGUCGCUAUUGGAGGGCGACGGCAAUCCAUUAUCCCCGCCUAUGGUCUACCAUCUUCGCCGAUAACCCUCGCUGGGGAAUGGAAAUGCUGGACAGGGCGAAGGUGUCCCCUCUCGAGCUUCUGGUCCAUCCCUACCUCAAAGACCCAAUCAAGGACCGCGUCCUCUCACUUCUGACCGAACCCGCUCGCCUGGAAUACCUCGCCAUUGUCUGUGGCGGCAGCGACAAGUUUGCCAGGGAACGCCUGGAAGAGCUACGUUCGGCGGAGGCACCCCUCCUUCAUACGCUCUAUAUCCAUCGAUAUUCCAGGUUUUAUGAUAACCCCACCACUAUCCAGUUCGAGGAUGACAUCUUAGGGAUGGGCACUCCCCGGCUGACAACGCUCGCCCUCUAUGAAUUCGAGGUCUCUUGGACGUCUCCCCUCCUGUCAGAGAACAUCACCACUCUUGAACUAUCUACCUGGGGCGACGGACGUCCUCCCCCCUGUCCCGAAGAGUUCUUCGGUGCUUUGGAAAGGAUGCCCAAUCUUGAAACCCUGCACAUCCGCGUCAACUUGCCAAGAAUCCCUUUACGAGACCGACCGAUCCGGGCCACUGCACGUGGCAUGAAGCAGCCAUAUUGCUUGAACAUCUGGCACUCCCUCCUUCCUGCCCCCUCCGGGUACCCGGCUGGAUCCCUCGGGGGACCCCCGAUCGAACACUAUGCGUACGACAACGCCGGGGCGAUGCCAUCCUUGCUCAUCCAAUUCACUCCGUCCUAUGCUCCGCACGACGAUGAAUCGCAACUGAUACAGGCGGGUAUCGAAGAUUUCGAACUGAGUCGGAUUAACACCAGCAUCGCUCGUGUCCUGAAGAACCUCGACACGACAAAGGUUGUCGCCGCUGACGCCCAAUCGGCUGCAUUUUUCGGUUGCGUCGAUGAACUCCCAUCUGUCGAGACCCUCUCCCUCACCACCGAACACGCUGCCCGCCACUUCUUCAAGCUACUCCUGGACAACAAGGAGGACCCGUCCCUCUUGCUCACGUAUCCGAAGCUCACACGCUUGGAGUUCCGUGGUGUGUUCUUCCCGCGUCGCCGGCGGACGUUGUUCAAGGAUUUCUUGGUCCACAAGCAGGCACUGGGAAAACCUAUUGAAUCCCUUCAUUUUUCCACCUGCCCCGGAGCUGAGCGCGGAGACAAAUUCGUCAAGAAGUUGAAGAAUAUAGUUCCGGAUAUUGGAGUGGAUAAGCGAUGGGAUCCUCAUUAUUACUUCGGUGAUUGGUCCCUGGCGAACGACUACAAGGAAGGACCCACCCGGUGUCCCAGUAAGGCGGACGAGUCGGGAACCUUUAACCCUCUCGACGAAGAGGGUUAUGUGGUCAAGAACUGCGUGUUUGCUGGUGAUGUAUCGCGUGACGGCUCUUAG